AUGUCGAAGCUACCGUCUCUUCAAAUCAAGAUACAGAAUGAGUCCACGAGAUUACAUAUUAUAUUCCUCGCCCUUUCCCUAGCCCUCUUCCUCGCUGCGCUCGACACAGUCCUCAUCACGACAGCACUGCCGACCAUUUCUCGAGAGUUCCAGGUCCCCGAUGCUGGCUUUGCCUGGGUGGGAAGUGUUUACCUCCUCGCCAAUGCUGCAACCGUGCCGUUUUGGGGUAAGGUGAGUGACAUAUUCGGUCGCAAGCCGAUUCUUCUCGUCGCGAACGCUGUUUUCCUGCUGGGAAGUAUUAUCAGUGGCGCCAGCAACGGGAUCGGUAUGCUUAUAGCCGGGAGGGCCAUACAAGGCAUGGGUGGCGGUGGCGUGGUAGUACUGGUAAAUGUGUGUGUGAGCGAUCUCUGGAGCGUACGGGAUCGCGGACUAUACCUGGGAAUUGUCGGCGCGAUUUGGGCGGUAGCCUCCGCUCUCGGGCCUGUUUUUGGGGGGAUCUUUGCAGAACGUGUCAACUGGCGUUGGUGUUUCUGGAUCAACUUGCCUAUCGAUGGAGUUGCAAUCAUUUUGCUUCUGCUUUUCCUUGAUGUUCAUAACCCUCACACGCCGCUCAUUCAGGGCCUCCUGUCAAUCGACUAUGCGGGCACCUUUACUGUUGCGACAGCCACGGUUUGCGUCAUGCUGGGCCUACAAUUCGGCGGUGUGACUUACCCGUGGUCAUCUGUCCCGGUCAUACUUCUUCUUGUCUUUGGGAUUCUCACAUUCGGAUUGUUUAUCUUCACCCAGUGGAAAAUCUCCCCUUCUCCCACUAUCCCAUUACGGAUAUUCUCCAACCGCUCGAACUUCUCCGCCCUUGGCGUUUGCUUUUUCGAUGCCAUCGUCUUUAACUCGGUGGCGUACUUCCUCCCCUUAUACUUCCAACUCGUUCUCCGCCAAGGUCCUCUUGCGUCUGGGCUCCUCAUGCUUUCUCUUGCGAUCCCGCUAUCAGUCAUAUCCGCCGCAUCUGGCUUCCUAAUGCAGCGUACUGGUCGAUACCUAGAACUUCUCCGUUCUGGAAUGGCGCUGAUGACUUUGGGCGUUGGACUAUUCAUAUCCUUCCCUGGACACUUCGAUUGGGCGAAAGUGAUCGUCUUCCUGAUUGUUGUUGGCAUUGGGUUCGGUCCUAACUUUCACGCGCCAUUGAUUGCCUUGCAUUCAAGAUUGGAGGAGAGAGAUAUUGCGGCAGGGACAAGCACAUUUGGGUUUGUCCGCAUGUUAGCGGGAGCGAUGGGCAUCGUCCUCGGUCAAGUGCUCUUCGCUGGCCAAAUGGGUAGACGGGCAAUAACGCUGCUGAUGUCUGAGGUGGGAUUGAAUCCCCUCGUUGUUAGCGAUUUAACAAAAGGCUCUGCUAUCACCCAGAUCGAGGCAAUCAAGAAGCUCGAGAGGCCUCAGCAAGACUUCGUGGCGAAACAGCUUGCUGGAAGCAUGAGCAUGAUGUGGGUUCUUUACUGCGUUUUCAGUGCGGUCGGCUUGAUCAUUAGCUUCGGUAUUGGUAAAUACACGAUGCAGAAAGAAAAGGACACGAUCAGGUUGGGCGAGGGAUCCAGUGCUGAAACAGUUGGCAAGACUGAGGGCAAUGAUGAAGAGAGUCGGUAAAAAAGUGGACGUGCCCUAGGCUCAGAGGCAUGGUUUUGUUGCUGUUCGGUUCUGGAAGGCAUUUCCCCUGAUGUAUAAAAUUAUGGCUGAUGAACUUGGAAUGAGGAACCUCUGGACUUGGGACGGACAGAAACUAAGGGAACAGGUUGGAGUUGGAAGAAUCACAAAACGGGGGCCUUGUUUCUUUGGUAUGGGAAGCAAACACAAGG